UAAACUCAGUAGAUCUCUCAUAGCGGUUGCUGUCAUGCUUAACCGUUUGCAUAGCUCUAGUGCCUGGCCGUCGUGCUUCAGGCUUCCCGCGGGGUAGUUGAAUGUUCGUAGUGCGGGAAAUCGUAGACGCAGGCACCAAAAAUUACUAUAAGUAUCUGCGUCACUUAGUGGGUGUGAUUGGCAAUUCGCGUCAAUCACGCUUCUCUUGGUCUAACGCCGACGGUGCGUUAUACUUUCUCUCUGGAAUAAAGAAACGGUAACUACAAGCAAAGUCCACUAUGCCCCUGAGUACAAACGUGAAACUACUUAACUACUUUUAAAAUAACCUCCGUCCGACCACCUAUUCUCCAAGGUAUGAGUAGUCCCUUUUUCCAAGGCUAGGAAUAUGGAACUUGAGAAACAAAAAAAUGUAUAAAACAAAUACUACCACGCGAUGGCGUGCUCAGCAUAAGAAGCGCAAUCUAAGCGGAUUAUUGUCCACGAAGAGCUUAAGCCCAAUAACACAAAAGCUACAGCACGAAACGCGAGAAGUGAAAUUAUGUAGAUGAAAAUAUGUGGGCUUUUCCAAAGCGAAAACAAAAGCCACGUAUGCAGCGCAACUUUCUACACUCCGAGAAAGAGCUCUCAUGAGUUUAUUGCAGACGGGGUAUGCUCAGUGCAGUCGUAUCCUCACGAGGAAAGGGCGGCGAUCUCAGAGGAACAAAAUGAAAAAAGCAUGACACCAAAGAGGGCGAUUCAGAUGGAUCCGAUAAAUCAACGGACACAUGAAGUUGAAGAUCUUCCAGAUGGCAGAUGCGCUAGCAUACUCAGAGCUCGGAGGGAGAAAAAUAUAGGAUGA